AUGAUGUUCGCCACGAAGUCAAGAGGAGGUGACAUACCAGACUCGUUAAAACCGUUCACUACGAAUAAGUUUAUUCACAAGACAUGGGCAGGUACGUUCUAUUGUCAACCACAAGCCAUAUUUCAGCCUCGCAACGUCGAUGAAAUUAAAGAAUUGAUUAAGCAAGCUAGAUUAUAUCACAAGACUAUCAUGACGGUUGGGUCUGGCCAUUCACCAAGCGAUUUAACCAUGACUAAAGAAUGGUUGUGUAAUUUAGACAAGUUCAAUCAUGUAUUGCAUCAGGAAGAGCAUUGGGGACCUGUACUGGAGGGUAGCUCAGACAAGGAAGUUAAGUUUGUUGAUUUGUCCGUUGAAGCUGGAUGUCGUGUUUUUGAAUUGAAUGAAUAUUUGAAAAAUCAUGAUUUGGCUAUACAGAAUCUUGGUUCUAUUAGUGAUCAAUCAGUUGCUGGUUUGAUAUCUACUGGUACUCAUGGAUCUACCCCCUAUCAUGGAUUAGUUUCACAACAAGUUGUUUCCAUAACUUUUCUCAACUCAGCUGGUGAGUCAAUAACUUGUUCAUCAAUUGAUAAACCCAAUUAUUUCAAAGCUAUUCUCUUAUCAUUGGGUAAGAUUGGUAUUAUUACUCAUGUCACAUUACGUACAUGUCCUAGGUACACUAUUAAAUCAGUCCAAGAAAUUAUCCAUUUCGAUACAUUGUUGUCUCAAUGGAAUACAAUUUGGUUAGAUUCGGAAUUUAUCAGAAUUUGGUGGUUUCCAUAUACUGAUAAAUGUGUACUUUGGCGAGCCAAUAAAUCAAAUGACGCAAUUUCCUUACCUAGAGAAUCAUGGUAUGGAACUACAUUCGGUCGAUUCUUUUAUCAAUCAUUACUUUGGAUUUCAGUUCACUUGUGGCCAAGUUUAACACCUCAUAUUGAAAAUUUUGUAUUUGAACAACAAUAUGGUAAAGUCGAAACUUUGGGACAGGGAGAUAUAGCGGUACAAAAUUCUGUUGAGGCUUUGAAUAUGGAUUGUUUAUUUUCACAAUUUGUUAAUGAAUGGUCAGCUCCAUUGGUUAAUGGAGUUGAUAUUUUAAAACAAUUGAAACAAGUUAUUACAAAUGCAGCCGCAUCAAAGAAGUUUUAUGUCCAUGCACCAAUUGAAGUCAGAUGCUCCAAUGUAACUCAAUGCAAUGAACCUUUUGUCGAUGAUGACGGUCAUGAAUCAUUGUAUCCAUCACAAAAUUGGUUGUCAAAGAGAUCGAAGACUAGUCCUGGACCCAUACCUGGAAAUAAUUUACGCCCCUAUUUGGAUAACUCGCCACGAUUACCACAUAAGCAAACAAAUUCUCAUCCAACUAAUGAUGAAUUGACGUUGUUUAUAAAUGCAACAAUGUAUCGACCAUUUGGCACUAAUGUAGGUACUCAUCAAUGGUAUCAAAUUUUUGAAAAUAUCAUGAUUAAAGCUGAUGGGAAACCACACUGGGCGAAAAAUUUCAUUGGUGUCGAAACAGAAAAACAAAAUGAGACUGAGGUGGUUGAUGAUUUACAUCAACAGUUGGAAUUUGGUGGAAAGAAAUUUUAUUCAAUGAUUGGAUUUAAGAAAUUGAUGCAAAACUGGUUUGGCCAAGAUCUUGUUGAGUUUAACAAUGUUCGUAAAGUAACUGAUCCUGAUGGUGUUUUCCUCUCUGGGAAAUCAUGGGCUGAUAGAAAUGGUAUUUUAUUGGAUUGA